AUGCGUAUUGAACAUGAAAAACUACUGUCGUGUUUAAUCGAUGAGCAAAGGAGGAUUUAUGAUGAUAUAAUGUCUGCAAUAUCACUUGAUCGUGGAGGAGUGUUCAUUCUAUACGGUCAUGGUGGAACCAAUAAAACCUUCAUGUGGAAAACAUUGUGUGCAGGCAUUCGUGCAAAGGGUGAUAUUGUUCUACCAGUUGCUUCAAGCGGAAUUACAUCGCUUAUACUACCUAGGGGAAGAAUCGCUCAUUCUCAAUUUGGUAUACCAUUAACUGUGAAUCAAGAUUCGAUAUGCAACAGUUUACAACCAAAUAGCGAGAAAGAAACUCUUUGGUGGCGAACUAAGCUCAUCAUUUGCAACGAAGCUCCAAUGAUGCAUAAAUAUUGCUUCGAAGCUUUAGACAAGAGCAUGAGAGAUGCAUUACGUGGUGAAGAUGGACUCCCGUCUACUUUACCAUUUGGUGGAAAAGUUGUUGUCUUUGGUGUCGUUCGAUUGACAAAAAACAUGAGGCUACAAAAUGCUAUAAGCAACAAUUCAGAAAUACUUGAAUUUGAAGAUUGGAUCUUACGACUUGGUGAUGGUAAACUUGGUGGCACAAAUAAUGGUGAAGUUUCUAUUGAUAUACCAGAUGAUUUGCUAAUUACAAAUUAA